GGAAAAACCGUGUACGGCCAUGGUGUUGGACACUCCCCACCACGUGUAAUAGCCCCGACACCAUGCUGUGAUACGCACGCGCCAAUCACAGCCGAGGAGCUUGACCCACACACCUCAUUUUCCAUUUCAACUCGAUGCAAGCCACUGCCCCUUCGGUAAAGAAGCUCACGAGCGCCACGAGCCUCGACGACUACAGCACCGUCCUCGCCGCCUGGCCGCAAUGGAAGUGCUGCAUCAACGGCAGCCGCGUCGUCCAAACCAACUCGAAGAAAUUCCUCUUUUUUCACAAGGUCGACAUCGUGUACCAUGUCCGCGUCGCGACGGCCACGCACCGCUGGAUCGUCCACCACACAAUGGCCGACUUUCGCCAGCUGCACGAAGCGCUUCUGGCGGCCGCCGACAACAAUGCUGCGUUUACAGACGCGCUCGUGCAUUUCCCGCUGCCGCGCGAGCACCUCUUUGGCCGCCGUGAUAUGCUCGUCAUCAAGGGCAUGUGCGGCAACUUGGAGCACUACCUCGUCAAUUUGCUUCGCUACAUGCAGCGCACGGCGUCGGACCGCGACACUGCACGCAUGUCCGAAUUGCUCCGCGUGUUUCUGAGCCCGCCGACGUGCCUCGCCGACCCGGUGGAAGCCACCCCGAUGGCGCGCGCCAAAAUUAUUUAAACCAUCGCCGCAUACCACGACACCUCUUAUUAUUUAACACGGAUUCCGUUCCUCCUA